GGUUUGGGGACUCUUCCCCGCUGAAUCCCUCCCAGGUAACAAUCUUCCUUGGCGAUUGGGGCAGUGCCACUCAGUUAUCUUUCUUACUAUAGAGCUUUUCAUUGAUGGGUGAACAGAAGUAUUUUAUCUUCUCGAAAGGGACAUAUAAAGUGGGUCGAAAAGGUUGUGAAGUGAUUAUAAAUUCAGACAAGGGAGUCUCCCGGAUUCAUGCUGAAUUAAUUGUGGAUGCAAUGACUUCCUUUGAUCCUCUGCAGCAAAAAUCUACAGGUUGCCCCUCACAAGUCUCCAUUAGAGAUUGCUCAAAGUAUGGCACAUUUAUAAACAAGAAACUGGGAUCAAAUGCAAAAGUUCAUGAGAAACCAAAUAAGGAGACUACUCUAAAAGACGGGGACCUGGUGGUAUUCGGAACUGGUAAUGCUACCUACAGGUUUUCUUAUGUUCGACUGGUAUUUUUCAUUUACUGCUCAAAGCCCUUCCAAGUGAAUCAUUCCAUUGAAGACAAAAUUUCAUCAAUAGGUGCUUGCCCUACUUACAGUUGGAGCACAGAGUGUACACAUGUACUUGUUGAUGAGUCUUCCCCAGUCAAAGAAGAUUUAAUUGAUGCUGUUCUGGCUCGUAAACCUGUCAUCCUCAGUAACUGGGUGGAGGUUGUUUCAGAGAAGAGUAUUUGUACUGAGAUUCCAAUCUGCACUCCCUAUGCUCCAACCCUGUCACUGGAAGGGGUUGCAGUCAAAGUCGUAGACCCUAAAGUGCGACAAAAUUGUUUGGCAGGAUAUACUUUUAUUUUGGGAUCACUGCACAUGUAUAAAUAUGGUGAUAGGUUGAAGUCAUUAUUGGAUGUUGGUGGUGCAAAGGCACUUACUGUUGAUGAGUUCUGUUCAAGUAGCCAAGCCUCCGAAGAUGGAGAAAAUAAUCAAGUGGUGCUAGUAAUCCCUGAAGGAUCAGUAAAUGAGUUUGACCGCUUGCAUCAAGUCCGUUCACUAUCCAGAGUAAUUGACAAGAAUUUGGUUUCUGCUGUUUUAUCUGGGCAUCUAGAUCCAUCUAUUGUGGUACCGCCAUCUAUUGUCAUCUCUUCUUCAUGCUCCACUGAUGAGACCAUAGUGCCGGAUUCUGAGGUGGAAGUGGACACGGCAGCAUCUGAUUGUGUAGCUGAAGCAGUCCACGCAGAAGCAGCCAUAAAACCUGAGGUCGAAGAGGAAAUAUCUGAAUAUAACAAAUCGGAAGUCAAAGGAGAGAUACCUGGAGGGCAUGCUGGUGCUAAAUCAGAUCACAUGCCUAUCCCAAGCUUCAAUUACGAGGAUAGAGGUGUUAUCACAAGAAGGGACAAGGUUGAUGAAUCAGAGACAUUUAAGAACCAAUUCUCUGAUAUUGUAUUCAGUCAAGAUUUGAUUGUGAAAGAUACUCAGAUGCCAGCUUCAGUUUACUCUAUCACAAAUAAUAGAGUGGUCAAUUUCAAGCGCUUCAGAAAGAGAGAAACUCGGUCUGGGAAUAGCUUCACUGAUCUAAUUCCUUUUUCAAAAGAUCCAUACGAAGAAUCUGACUAUGGGGGUGAAGAUGUAGUGGAGUAUGUGAAAGAAGAGAAGAAAAGAAAGCAAAUGGAAGCUAUUGCAGAAGACUUGUUUAACAGUGAGAAGGUUAAGAAACGUGGAACAACUGGUUCUCUUCAUGGAUUUUUAACUCGUCGCUGAAAAGGAUUUGACUUGCACAAUUAGUUUUCUUUAUGCCUCAAAGGAUCUAUCUGUCCCUGGAGGGUAUAAUUUUAGAAGGAUAGUCAAGCCAAUUGCUCAGAGCAUUAGGGAGAUACAGUCUGAUGCUGUAAGCAAUCUUGAUUGUGGUUCGAGUUACUUUGUGGAUUCUUGCCUAUGGAUGAAAUGAGUCACUGACAGUUUGUCGUUUGAAGAAGGUAUUUAAUGUGAUUGCUUGUACAGAAGGGACUCAACAAUGGUUUUGAUUGAUAGUAGCAUGGUUGGU